UCGGACUGAUGUUUCUCUGAAUCACAAACAAUACACGGGUGAAUUUCGUUUCGCUCUGAUUUCGUAACCUGCCUUUGUGAUGGAGUCUCUCUUGAAGAAUCUCGAAAAACAUGUUACUUGUUCCAUUUGCCUGGAUACUUACACCAAGCCAAAGACCAUAGCUUGUCUUCAUACCUUCUGCUUGAAAUGUUUAGAGGAACACGCUUUGAAAACCCAAAGACAUGGACAAUUUCGAUGUCCCGAUUGUCAGGCGGAAGUGAACAUCCCAGAAGGAAAUUGUUUCGAUAAUUUACCGACUGGUUUUCUGCAAAACAGUUUGUUGAGUCUUCUCGCUGUACGACAAAGUGGCGAUGGAAGUCAGAUCAGUUGUGGUAUCUGUAAGAAAAAGAGCGCCGAGAUCAGCUAUUGCUUUGCUUGCGAAAAAUUACUGUGCCGUGAUUGUGUCAAUGCACACGAAUUGUUUCGAGAGAGUGCCUUUCAAGGACACAAAGUGACGGCAGUGAAACAGUUUCAAGCCGUAGAUUACGAGGCCUUGUUAAAGCGUCAGUCCUUUUGCCCUCAGCCUUACCACGAGAGAGAGGUAAACAGGUUUUUUUGCCGUGAAUGCCAGAUUUGUGUUUGUCAAGUUUGCAUAAACACUGAUCACAAGAAUCAUAAUGUUGAUCCGCUUGAGAAAGCAGCGGAUACCGAGAAAGCAAACAUUAUGGCGGCAGUCGAGUCGAUAGAACAAAAGAAGAAAGUCUGUAGCGAUGCGAUUAUAACUUUUCAACAAGUUGUUGAAGAGCUGGAACAAAAUGUUACCGCUGCUAAACGAGAGGUUUCCCAAACAGCCAAACAAAUGAUUGAGAAGAUUCGAGAACAAGAGCGGGAAGCUACAAAAAUUAUCGAAAAUGCACGCGUGUCUAGAAUAGAGAAAAUAAACUCUCUUAACGAGCAAGUAAAGUCAUUGAUGAAACAACUUGAUCAAGCUGUUCAGUUUGCAAAAAACCUGGUUGAGAGGAGCUCCAGUUCAGAUGUUAUGAAAAGUAAGAAGACUUUAGAGCAGCGAUUUGGAGAUCUCGACAAGGCCACAGUCCCUUCGCUUCCGGUAAGCUCAUUCGUGAAGUUUUUCUCGGCUAAUGCACUUGACAACUUAAACCUGGGGCCAGUGAUAACCAAUGAAGCAGAUGUACGGUUGUCAUCAGUGGAGGCUCUUACUGAAAACCUCCAAGCUGGUCUGGAAGCAGAGCUUGUGAUUUGCCGUCCAAAGCGAAAGAGUGAAGAAGAGCUUACAAGGAAAUGCCAGCGUGAAUUUUACGUUAGAGUGCUCAUAGAACCCGCUGAAGAUGUAGCAAGUUUAAAAGUUGUUGAGAACGAAAAUGAUGAUUUCCACGUGAAGUUUGUUCCUAAAAUACCUAGCACCUACAACAUGACCGUCAUCAUAAAUGGCUUCAAACUUGUUACCAGUCCUUUCAGGAUCCAAGUUAAGGAACGACGAAUUCAUGUUGUGGGCGAGUUAGUUCUAAAAAGAGGAAUUCCCGUAAGUCCGAAUUGGAUCGCUGUCAACAGCAAAGGAACAAUCGCUGUAGCUGACGAUGAAAGACACUGUAUCUUAAUGUUUGAUAAGGAUGGAAAUUUUGCGCGAAAAUUUGGCUGCUAUGGAAAAUGGCCUUGGCAGCUGGCUAAUCCAGCUGGAGUGACAUUCCUGAAUGAUGACCAGCUUCUCGUGGUGGAUGCAUUGAAUAGUCGAAUUAAUCAAUUCAAUGUACAGACAGGGAAGUUUGUGAAGAGGUUUGGAGAGAAAGGGACUGGAGACGGCAAAUUUCUGGCACCCGAAGGAAUUUUCAUAAAUGAUGAAGGACAUAUAAUUGUAACGGAUUGCUCUAACAACAGAAUCCAGGUCUUGGACAAAGAUGGUAAAUUUAUGUUCACAUUUGGAGACCACGGCCCUGGUGAGCUAAACGAACCUAGUGGAUGCAUUUAUCACAAAAACAAGUUCAUUGUAUCUGACAGUAAAAACCAUUGUUUGAAAGUGUUUGACAAAUCAGGGAAGUUCUUGUACAAGAUUGGAGAAGAAGGCGAAGCUGAUGGCCAGUUUUCAUGUCCACGGGAUUUGUGUUUUGAGAAAUAUGGCGAUCAUCUGAAUCUUUUGGUGUGUGACAGAGAUAAUGAACGCAUUCAACAGUUUACAAUGGAAGGUCGUUUUAUUGGUAAAACUGUUAUUAAGCUAAAAGAUCCGAAAACAAUAGCUACAACACCAGAUGAUCAUAUUUUGGUUUGUGAUUAUGAAGACAAAACCAUAUAUAUCUUGAAAUAG